AUGAAUAGCGCCACACAUAUUCUUGCCCUUACUACAAGAUUUCAUGAUGUCUUAGAUAAGAUAUUACAAAUCCUUGAAAAAGCUAGAAACAACAAACGUACAAGGAGAUUGUUGAGGUCAGCUUUAAAAGAUUUAACUCCUCUUGUUAAAGACAUUAACCAAUACAAUCAACACUUGAAUCAACCUCGACUAGAAAUUAACUCUCUCAUACAAGAAAAUCUUGUUCAACAAACUGCAUGCAAAUGCACUUCUGACAAUACCUUGUGGAACAAGUGUCUCUCAUGGUUCAGGAAUGAUAACGACGAAUCUCUUACUGUGAAGGAUGUUAAAGAGACACUUCAUGAGGUCAGAGAAAUUCUUGAACUUAUCAACAAUGAAAACUUUGAACACAAACUUAAUGAAGAGGGAGGAGCACCAUUUAAGAGUGCUUUUGGUGUUCCUGAAAAUCCUGAAUUCACUGUUGGGUUGGAUAUACCAUUUAACAAGCUGAAAAUGGAGCUUCUUAAGGAUGGUAGUUCCACCCUUGUGUUGACUGGUAUGGGAGGAUUGGGAAAAACCACUUUGGCUACAAAGCUUUGUUGGGAUCAACAUGUUAAGGCUAAAUUCAACGAAAAUAUCGUAUUUGCCACCUUCUCAAAAGCACCCAUGUUGAAGAUCAUUAUAGAGACACUAUUUGAACAUUGUGGAUAUUAUCCAGUGCCUGAUUUUCAAACUGAUGAAGAUGCUGUCAAAAGAUUGGGCCUUUUGCUGAAGAAAGUUGAGGGAAGUCCAAUUUUGUUGGUUUUGGAUGAUGUUUGGCCAAACUCAGAAACCCUUAUUGAGAAACUUCAAUUCCAGAUAUCAGAUUUCAAAAUUCUGGUCACUUCAAGGGUUGCAUUUCAAAGAUUUAGCACAACAUGUGUCUUAGAACCUUUAGUUCAUGAAGAUGCAGUAAUAUUUUUCAGUCACUAUGCUAAGACAGAAAAAAAUAAUUCAAAUAUUCUCGACAAAGAUCUCGUCGAAAAGGUUGUGAAAAAUUGCAAAGGUUUACCGCUUGCCAUUAAAGUGACUGCAACAUCACUCAGAAAUCGGCCUUAUGACUUUUGGCGAAAGAUAGGGAAGGAACUAUCACAAGGUCAUUCUAUACUUGAUUAUAACACUGAAUUACUUUCUCUCCUCAAAAAGAUAUUAGAUGUUUUGGAAGAUAAUCCCAUACUCAAAGAGUGUUUCAAGGACCUAGCCUUAUUUCCCGAAGACCAUAGAAUUCCUGUUGUUGCUCUCAUUUUUAUGUGGACUGAGUUGUAUGAACUAGAUGACAACGGAAUUGAAGCAAUGGAAAUCAUCAACAAAUUAAGCUCCAUGAAUCUGGCUCAUAUCUUAAUAACAAGGAAAAAUGCAAGUGAUGCAGACGAUUACAACUACAAUAACCACUUCAUCACGCUUCAUGAUCUUGUAAGAGAUCUUGGAAUAUACCAAAGCACCAAAGAACCAAUUGAGCACAGAAAAAGAAUGAUCAUUGACAUGAAUGAAAAUAAAUGUGAAUGGUGUAUCGCGUAUAAGCAGCAUGGCCUGAUGAUCCGCAUAUUGUCAAAAUUUCUUAGUUUGUGCGCGAAACAAAAUCGCCAACAGCUCAAUGCUCGUAUAAUGUCUUUAUCAACUGGUGACACUUGUGCAUCAGAUUGGUCCCAAAUUCAGACAGCUCAGGCUGAGGUUCUUAUUUUAAAUCUCCAUACCAAGAAGUACUUAUUUCCAGAAUCAAUGGAGAAAAUGAGUAAACUGAAAGUUCUGAUAAUCACAAACUACGGUUUCCAUCCUUCUGAACUGAACAACUUUGAGUUACUCGACUCUUUACACAGCCUGACAAGAAUAAGACUAGAGCGGAUUUCCAUUCCUUCCUUUGGAACAUUGAAAAAUCUGAAUAAACUAUCGCUCUACAUGUGUAAUACGAGUCUUGCUUUUGAAAAGUGUAACAUCCUGAUUUCAGAUGCAUUUCCAAAUCUAGAAGAGUUGAACAUUGAUUACUGCAAAGAUUUGGUGGCAUUGCCUAAUGCAGUCUGUGAUAUCAUCCCAUUAAAGAAACUCAGUGUUACUAAUUGCCACAAACUUUCUGUAAUUCCUCAAGAUAUUGGAAAAUUGGAGAAUUUAAAACAUCUAAGGCUGAGUUCCUGCACUGAUUUAGAAGUGAUACCGAAUUCCAUUGGAAAGCUUUCAAUUCUAAGACAUCUUGACAUCUCAAACUGCAUAAGCCUAACAAGUUUACCUGAGGAAUUUGGUAAUCUUUUCAAUCUAAGGAAUCUGUACAUGGCAAGUUGUGCAAGUUGCGAAUUGCCAUUCUCAGUUGUCAAUCUUUUGAAUUUGAAGGUGAUAACGUGCGAUGAAGAGACGGCUACUUCAUGGGAAGCUUUCCAACCUAUGCUUCCCAAUAUGAAGAUAGAGGUUACUCAUGUUGAUGUUAACUUAAACUGGCUUCAUUAA